AGGCGAGUCCCCAUACGAGUUAUCCAUGCACAACGAUCAGCGCUGGUCCAAGAUCCGCGGUGCGCCCAUUCUCAGUUUCAGCGAUCGCGCGACAACCUCUCUUAUCUCUUCUCUCUUUAAAAUCCAUCAUCUCUUAUCAAAUUUCGUCAAAUUUAAAAAGAAGAUUGUUAAAUAAGCCACGUCGUAUACUAAGUGUGAAGCCGGCAGUGGAUUUUCAGAAUUAUUGGGCAGAAAUUGCGGUGAGCGCAAUGUUUGUACAAGUGAUCGAGCGUGGGAGCCGCGCUCGUGUGUGAAACUUGAAUCAAGGGUGCCGCGCUUGUGGUGCGUCUGCGCUUGAGCGAAUUUGCGGUUAAGCGUGUUGUUGCGCGUGCGCGCGCACGAGUGGGCGCGCAGCAGUGAACGGUGCGCAGUGCGCGCGCUUGCGUGUGUGGGCUCCCGCGAGUGUGAAUGCGCGCGUGUGUAAACCCGCGAACCUCCAAGAAGAAUAGGAGGAAAUAUCACGCAGACUAUCAUUGCGGAGACGAGAUUUUGCGACAGGGUGUAGCAGAGCCUUUCUAUCCGACGUAAAACACGCUGGAGUCGUAAGCACAACAUCAUCAGGCGUGAGCUUCAUUUCGAUCAUGAAAUUGUCCGGCCACCUGGGAGGCAUAAAACAUGACGAUUAAUUAUGUAAAAAGGCCUCCCUCCCGGCUCUGCUAACUCGUCGCUUUGAACAAAUCCAGGAAAAUAAUCAACUGCCAGUAUGCCGAGAACACUGCAAGUUUUAUUGGCUCUGGCAAUAUUGUCAUCGGCUUUUUCAUUUGGAGUCGAUGAUCAAAAUUCUGCAACAAUAAUUCCAUUAUCAAAGAAUACCAUAGACGAUGUAAUAUCAUCAGAAUCAGAAUCAAUCAACAGGAUGCCAACAAUAUCAACAACAAUAAAAACUAGAGCGUCAAUAGCAUCAAAAGAAGUUCCAGAAACUUCAACAGCAGGAAUUACAACGACCAAAAUACCGACAAAAGUCGGUAGAGUGACAAAAGUUACUUCAGAUAAUACAAAAAACCAACUUCCAUCGACGUCUAAAAGAAGAAAUGAUUCCUUGAAUGUUGUAUGGGAAUGCCCUAAUAUAACGGGAGUUGGGAUCGAGUGUUCUUGCGAUUUUCCACAUACGCUUAGAUGUACUGGAGAUAGAACUGCGUUACAGGCGAUUAGUAGACACUUAAGGCACAGUCAUCCAGGCAUUUCCCUCCUGGACGUCACCGUCACAGGAAUAUCCGUCCUACCAGCACAUUUUUUGGAGGAUAUAGCACUCCAUGGACUUGUAGUUUCCACCGGAGAACUGAGAAGAGUUCACGAAAAUGCUUUUACAGCUUUAUCAAGACCUCUUCAAGCCUUGGGACUUCCUAACAAUAUUCUGGAAUCUGUUCCAACAGCUGCCUUGAGACAUUUAGUUGGUCUAGACAGGCUGGAUCUCUCUAGAAAUAAGCUAAAGACUCUCGAAGCUGAUUCAUUCGUGGGCCUGAUGAACUUGACUUACCUGGACCUCUGUGAUAAUCUUCUAUCUCAGUUGUCACCGCAAGCUUUCGCAUCUCUGCCAUUUCUGCGUUAUUUGAAGAUGCGAGGAAACCAUUUGAGCGUGUCAGCUCUUUCAGCUCUCCGAGGACUCAAAAGGCUUGAAGAACUUGAUCUUUCCCGGAAUAUGCUUGUAGGACCCAUCAGUCCCAAUUUACUUCCCUUGAUACCGAGACUUCGGUCCCUUUCGAUUUCCGAGAACGAAUUGAUCAACGUCAAACAAGGUGCGCUCUCUGGAUUGCGAAAUUUGACGUACUUAAGCCUCAGUCACAAUCAGAUUGAUGUCUUGGAAGAUCACGCAUUCAAAUAUUUGGACACCCUGACAAGGCUGGACCUUGCGAAUAAUCGAAUUGUUGCAGUAUCAAGUUCUUCUUUAGCUCAUUUGGAGAAUCUGACAAUGCUGGAUUUGACCCACAACUUUCUGAGGUCUCUCACAUCCGAUUUGAUUUUGCCACUGAAGAAUUUGCAAGAUCUUCGACUGGAUGAUAACGACAUCACGAUGGUGGCUAGCGACGUACCAACUUCAAAAUUAAAAUUGAAGAGACUCUCUCUGUCUGACAAUCCUCUGAAUUGCGACUGCACCCUGCUAGAUUUUGCUAAUUGGCUGACGAAUUCCACUUUGGAAGAAGAGGAUAAACUAUCAGCUGUGUGUGCAACUCCGCCAGCUUUGGAGAAUGGAAUUCUUUCUCAGGUCUCACCAGGAAGUUUAUUAUGUGGUGACCCAACACCUUCGACUAGACUUCCAGUCUCUGGUGUGCAAAUAGUUCUGAAGGAGUUCCAGUAUGAUGAUUUAAAUGGAAUGAAUCUUCUUUGGACGAUGGAUCCUUGCCGGGAACAUUACACAUGCGAUAAUCUAAUGAUUUAUGAAACUGUGGGUGGUAAUGAAAUUCAGAUUGAAUCGAGUCCUCUUCACUGUGACUCGCGCUUGAUGAGGGAUAAAUGUUCACUUCCGGUGACUAUUCCAUCUUCACUUCAUAUGGAACUCCAGCACAAGUACCGUUACUGCGUGACAAUCUUGAUUUCCUCUGAUUAUGAUGACCUUUCUCUUGGUCUCGGAUGUAGUGAUAUUAUUCUUCUGGAGGAAACCAGAACUCGAAGAAAGGAGAAUUUUCAUCUGACAAGCAAAGUUAAAGCUAAAAAUGAAGAAGAGGAGAUGCAAAGGGAAGUGACGACGAGAGAACCUGCUGUCAUAGCUGCGAUUACUGCUGUUCAUGUCAAUGUUUCCACUGAAGGCUUUCUCCAGGUUGAUGUCAGUCUCUCCCUCCCCCCAGAGAUACCAGCUGGUACCGGAUGUGAGCUAUCAGUUGUUGUAUUUGCAACAGAAAGUGCAUCAGUUCACCGAAAGAAAAUGAAUUGUUCCUUGACUUUCAUCACUCUUUCUGGUUUAAUACCUGGACAUUACAAAGUGUGUGCGAGUUUAGAUGAAAUUACCGGAGAAACAGUGACUACUUCCGGCCACGACAGGUAUCGAUGUGUGGAAGUGCAAAUGUUUAAACAAAAUUCUGAAGUCUGGGUCCUUGUUAUCAUCGCUGCUAUCAGUAUUCUUCUAGUAAUUCUAAUCCUGAUUAGUAGAAGUCUCAUGAAGAAGAUUCGCCAUCCGAAGAUUCAAACGCAGUGUUUCAUGCCAGCCCAGGAAUUUGAAAUCACUCAGAAAGCUCAUUACAUUAAGCUUUUGGCCACUACAAAGGUUUAGUCGACAAGAAAAUGUUUCUACCAACCUACAACAUGUUUUACAUUCCAGAGAAGUUUUUUGAACAAGAAAGUACCAGGCCGACUGAAAUUCUUCCUUAGCUUUAAAUAUUCAAAAAAUUAGAGAUUAUUUCGAAAGAUGUUUUAAAUUUUGUUACGUAGGGUCAAUGAAUUUGUAAGAAGUGAAAUUUAAUAGCUGGGGACUUUAAAAGAAAAAUUAUGCGCCAAGUGAAUUAAUUAUCAAAUAAUAAUAAUAAUUAGUAACAAUGACGUGCCAUAAGGUUGUGACGAAAAGUCUCCGAUUGCGUUUAAAUUUUGCUUUUCAAUGUUUUUAAGAAUCACACUGAAAACUAUAUCGUUUAUUAGGAAAGUUUUUUAUUUAAAUGAACUAACAAAUGGUAAAGAAAGUAUAUUUUUACUAGAGAAAGGCUUAAGUAUUAGUACUUGGGUAUUUUUUGUUAUAGUUGCAGUGCAAUAAUGUCACAUUCCCAGAUGAACAUUCUGUAAUAUAUUAUAAAAACUGAAAGUGAAUGAUAAAUUCCUUUAAUUUCUUAAAGUUUAUUGUAAAAUAGAUAGUAUCGUAAGAUUAAAUUAUACAACAGAGCAUGUCACCUCGAAUGCGGUGUAUAAACUUUAUACGUUCGUGGUUUUCUUCGCAAAGUUGAUUUAAAUUAAAUCUCUCUCUCUCGCUCUCUUUCUCUAUACUGCUGUGAAAUUAAAGACUCCUUAGUUUAGAAUUUUUUCAAACUAGAUCGAAUGAUUUCUCGAAACAGGGUCAGUGUCGAACAUUUCACCGAUCAAAUUGCAGAUAAAACAACCAUUUUAUAUCGUAUUAUUAAACGAGCGAAAGAGAAGUUUGUGUCUUAUUAAAGUUUUUGUACAAAAGAAAAUAGUUUAAUUUUAGGGUUUUGAAAACCACUGACUUAUUAAUAUAGAUUUUAUUGUAAAGAAUGCUGUUAAUAAUUUUGUAUGCGAGUUUCUUGUAAAUAUGUUUUUAAUUAAUCAUUCCUACUUAAGAAUCGUAGUGA